AGCAGUAUCCUCACACACAGGGGAAAACAGUGAAGAAGAUGAGGGUCUUCCUCCUCUGUAAUUCAUCGUCUUCUUCCCUUUCCUUCUCCCCGCCACCAAUCGCUCAUCACCGCCCUCAAAAACCUCUGCUUAUCCCUCCUCAAAAACCCUCUUUAAUCGGUUCGCUAACUGGGGCUGCACUCUCUUUCAAUCUCCUCUUCUUCUCACCGCUAUCUCCCCUUCCUCCGCCUUCAAUCGCAUCGGAUUUUACCCCUUCAGUCUUUCAAUCGGAGUGUCGGGAAGAAGAUCAACGGAGAGAAGAGGAGAGGAGGUUUGAAAGGGCUCCUGAAUUGGUGACAAAUGAAGAAAUUGUGAAGGAAGCAUGGGAGAUUGUUAAUGAUAGUUUUCUUGGUGGUGAUCGAAAUCGAUGGUCUCCUCAAUCUUGGCUUCAAAAGAAGGAAGAUAUUAUGGGUACAUCACUCCCAACAAGAUCAAAAGCUCAUGAUGUAAUCCGGAGGAUGUUAUCUAGCUUAGGCGACCCUUAUACACGUUUUCUUUCUCCUGCGGAGUUCUCAAAGAUGGCGAGGUAUGAUAUGUCUGGAAUUGGAGUUAACCUCAGGGAAAUUCCUGAUGAAAAUGGCGAAGUAAAAUUAAUGGUUUUGGGGCUCAUUUUGGAUGGCCCUGCCCAUACAGCCGGUGUAAGACAGGGAGAUGAACUAUUAUCUGUCAAUGGAGUAAAUGUGAAGGGGAAAUCAACAUUUGAAGCUUUAUCAAUAUUACAAGGCCCCAAUGACACAUCCGUAAACAUCAUGGUCAAGCAUGGUAAUUGUGGUCCUAUACAGUCUAUUGAGGUCCAAAGGCAACUUGUUGCCAAAACCCCGGUUUUCUAUCGCUUGGAACAAAUGGAUAAUGGCAAGACUUCAGUUGGAUACGUGCGUUUGAAAGAGUUCAAUGCACUCGCUAGAAAGGAUUUGGUUACGGCAAUGAGGAGACUUCAAGGCAUGGGAGCUUCAUUCUUCGUUCUUGAUCUUAGAGAUAAUCUUGGUGGAUUGGUACAGGAGGGUAUUGAAAUUGCCAAACUAUUUCUAAAUGAAGGGGAGACGGUAAUAUAUACUGCUGGAAGGGAACCUCAGAGCGUAAGAAGUAUAGUAGCAGAAACGGUGCCUCUUGUUACAGCUCCUGUCAUUGUUUUAGUGAACAAAAAUACCGCUAGCGCAAGUGAAAUAGUUGCAACUGCACUUCAUGACAACUGUAGAGCCAUUCUUGUUGGUGAAAGGACAUAUGGAAAGGGUCUGAUUCAGUCUGUAUUUGAACUUCAUGAUGGAUCUGGCGUCGUGGUCACUGUCGGCAAAUAUGUCACGCCAAAUCAUUUGGACAUAAAUGGGAACGGAAUAGAUCCUGAUUAUAAAAAGUUUCCCGCAUGGAAUGAAGUCGUUGAGCGUUUAUCCAAGUGCCAAAAGCAACACGGGUAAAACACAUUCGUGUUCUUUUCUGUUACUUUCUUAUGUGUCUACCCAAGAGUUGGGAUCACGUGAGAAAUAGGCUGAGUACAGUGAAGAUACUCUUAUAUUGAGUGAAUGUUACGUUAUAUUAUGUUAAGAUUGUAACUUCCAUUCACUGUGUAUUGGAAGGUUAAAUUAUAUUCUAUAAAUGUUGUAACCUUCACACAGUAUAAACAUAUCUUCACAGUUGUGUAUAUGUUCAAGAGACUCUCAUGACACUA